AUGGAGUUUGCUAUGGUAGGGGCAGACAGUGGUGGGUGCAACCCGCAUAUGCCGUAUGGAUAUGCCCAGGCGCGCGCCAGGGAGAGAGAGCGCGAGCGGGAACGGCAGUCCCGUGCUGCGUCUGCGGCCGCGGCGGCGUCCGACCCCGGAGCGGCCGGUGAAGGAGGCGGCGGGGCAGGCGGAGCUGGUGCGUACGGUCAGCUGUAUCCGACUCGCACCGCCCCCUCGACCAACGCCAGUCAUGGAAGCGGCGGUACCGGAUCGCGCCCCUCCUCCUCCUCGUCCACCUCCGCCUCCUCCGUUCAGCACGAAUCCCAGGCGCAACUAGUGCGGGAGCGCAAAAAGCAGAGAGGAGUCGCGUCCUGGAGGCGGAACCGGGCGGCUCUCGGUGGAGACCUGCGCCACUCCGAGUUGGCGUUACUCGGCUCCGAGGAGGACGUUAUGAUCGACGAGGAGGACGAAGCCGACGGAGACGAGGAGGACCGGAGGUCCAGUAAAAGGUCCAGUCUGAUCUACACCAUGGACUACGAGGAGGAAACCGCGUCUCUCACAGACCGGCGUCCGCAAUCGGGAUACGAUAACGUCUACAAUGAGUACGGCUGCUGUGAGAGAGUGGUGAUCAACGUGUCUGGGCUGAAGUUUGAAACUCAGCUCAAAACUCUCGCCCAGUUUCCAGACACUCUUCUGGGGGAUCCUGCUAAACGCAUCAGGUACUUCGAUCCACUCCGGAAUGAAUAUUUUUUUGACCGCAAUCGCCCAAGCUUUGAUGCCAUCCUAUAUUUCUACCAAUCAGGAGGACGUUUAAAAAGACCAGUCAAUGUCCCUUUUGACAUAUUUUCCGAGGAGGUAAAAUUCUAUGAACUUGGUGAGGAAGCCAUGCAAAAGUUUAGAGAAGAUGAAGGCUUUGUCAAGGAGGAGGAGAAACCUCUUCCAGAAGAUGAGUUCAAGCGCCAGAUCUGGCUCCUCUUCGAGUACCCGGAGAGUUCAAGCCCAGCUAGGGGCAUUGCGGUAGUGUCUGUUUUAGUCAUAGUCAUCUCAAUAGUCAUAUUCUGUCUCGAGACUUUGCCAGAAUUCAGGGAUGACAAAGAGUUCCUGAGCCCAGGUAAAAACGCCACACAUCCUGACAGACGAUUUACACCUUUCAACGACCCGUUCUUCAUCGUAGAGACAGUCUGCAUCAUUUGGUUCUCAUUUGAAAUCAUAGUGCGCUUCUUUGCCUGCCCGAGCAAACCCGCUUUCUUUAAAAACAUCAUGAACUCCAUAGAUAUCGUCUCUAUUUUGCCUUAUUUCAUAACUCUGGGUACGGACCUGGCGCAGCAGCAGGGGAACGGUCAGCAGGCCAUGAGCUUCGCCAUCCUGAGAAUAAUACGACUCGUCAGGGUGUUCCGGAUCUUCAAGCUGUCCCGCCACUCGAAAGGACUCCAGAUAUUGGGGCACACCUUGCGAGCGAGCAUGCGUGAACUGGCGUUGCUUAUUUUCUUCCUCGUCAUUGGUGUGGUCCUGUUCUCCAGUGCGGUGUACUUUGCUGAAGCUGACGAGCCAACCUCACAGUUCACGAGCAUCCCAGAUGCUUUCUGGUGGGCAGUCGUGACCAUGACGACUGUGGGCUAUGGAGAUAUGAAGCCCAUAACGGUGGGUGGAAAAAUUGUGGGAUCGCUGUGCGCCAUAGCUGGUGUCCUUACCAUUGCACUACCGGUCCCUGUCAUUGUGUCCAACUUUAAUUAUUUCUACCACCGUGAGACUGAUAACGAGGAUCAGACACCUGCCGUCGAGUACCCGCCGCCAGGAUGCCCGUAUUUUCCCGAUUUUUUGAGAAAGUUUAAAGGGUCUGCAUCUGGGUCAACGCUAGGAGACAAAGCUGCUGAGUACAUGGAGAUGGAAGAAGGUGUGACAGAGUCACUUUGCGGUUUGGACAAACAGAGCCCGAGUAGAGGAAACGGCACAGACAUUGGCAGGAGGAAUAGUACACAUUCAAGAAGCUUACAGACAGAUGUAUGAUUAUAAAUACAAAGACGUUUCGUGAAUACGAUUGCACAAUUCACUUAGCACACCAAUGCACAAGUUUCGCAUCAGAUAGCCACACAAUGCAUAUUACCAGACAUGCACAAAUACACACAGGCACACGUUUUAUUUCUUAUGGACCUAGGCUGAAACUCAAUGCAACGUGGCUACCAACUGAAUAGUAACAGGCUACAUAAAAUCAAGAGCUUUACGUUACAAGCUGUAGGGAGGUGUGAGUUCAGGCCCACCUGUAGG